UAGAACACGGAAGUAGAAUUAGAAACGAGUUUGUUUUGGCAAUCAUUUAGUGGAGUAAAAAUAAGACAUACUGACUGAACUAAAUAGGCCACCCAACUCUCAUUCGACUGAAAAUGUCUAAACUACAGUUGUUGCGUUUGUUUUUAAAUGAGCGUUUAACGGCGGCUGCUGUGGAGAUUUUCGGUGCAGUUGAGAAAACGGUGGUGGAGUACCAGGAGGAGAAUGAUCGGCUACGGAGACUGCUGCGGAAUCGAAUCACACCGGAGAUUAAACUAUGUAGAAUAGACUCCCUGCAGCUCUCUGUCUCUGAAGAGGAGGUUCCCCCUGAGCAGCAGCACUGUGAGCAGGAGUGGAGCCCCAGUCUGGGGCAGGAGGACUCAGAGCCCACACUGAUUAAAGAGGAAGAGGCGGAACUCAAGACCAGUCAGGAGGAAGAGCAGCUUCAAGGGGUGGAGCCUCGGGGAAGGCACUUUGUGGCUGGGAAGCUGGUCUGGGUCUACAGCCCCCUAAGGAAAUAAGGCAGAUGCCCCAAGUUGGACAGUCACUGGGUGGGACCCUGCAGUGUCCUGGAGAGGGUAGGGGAGGUUGUUUACUGGGUGCAGCUUCCUCCCAGGGGGAGAAAGGUGACACUGCACCAGGACAGGUUAGCCCCAUGCAGAGGGGCCUCUUCUCCCCAAACCCCAGGAACCCCCACAAUUCCCCUCUCUGGCAAUAACAUUCUCCAGGCACCCACCCCCAGGUGCCGCAGACAAGGCUCCAGAGAGCCCACUCCCCCUGUCUCCCCCCCUGUGUCACCGUGUGGUUCCCCAGAGCCACGGACUGUAUUCCCCGUUCCCCCUUCCUUGUCCCCCAUAUCCCUGCCUUCAACCCCUGGGUCCCAGAGGGGCACUCUGCGACCAUCACGGCCACGCAGGCAAAGGAGACCUCCGGGUCGCUUCAGAGACUUUGUUCCCUCGGGGAUGAGGGACUUUGUGGUGGGGGGGCUGUGUAGCGACCCGCACAGACAGCUGUGUGUUAUGUGUUAGGCUAGUAGGUGGUUGUGUUGUACUUACCAGUACCCAGUAUUCGCAGGGUCCGACAGGCCAAUCAACCUGCUAUCUGCCAAUCACAGGAAUGUCUGGAAUGUUCUGAUGCCGGGUAUCCUGGCGGUUGGCGGAGUGGCGUGGAGGGGGGUUGGGCAGGGGGAUGGAGCAUUGGAAGUUAAGACCAGGUUUAGUCUUUGUUCUCUCUUACGUCUGGGCUUCACAGGAGAAGGUCACGAUUGGCUUGUGGGUUAUCUUUCAUUUAUUUGGCGUGGGCUACGGCCAAACAGUAGCCUGUGUAAAGUUGGUUUAAUAAACCGUCAAUUCGUAAACUCAAUCCUCCGUCUGGACAAUUGUUCCUUUAUGAUCUAGUCAGGUCAUUACAAUACAUUAUAUUAAAUACAAUUCCAGAAAAAGACUCCUUGCAUUUGUUCAAGAGUAUUUCUCAUCAAUUCUGACCUGAUGCUGCUCAUUCGACCGACUCUCUUCUCUGUAUAUAUCAAUGAUGUCGCUUUUGCUGCUGGUGAGUCUCUGAUCCACCUCUACGCAGACGACACCAUUCUGUAUACUUCUGGCCCUUCUUUGGACACUGUGUUAACAACCCUCCAGACGAGCUUCAAUGCCAUACAACUCUCCUUCCGUGGCCUCCAGCAGCUCUCAAAUAAAACUAAAACUAAAACACCCAUGCUGACAAACAUACCCUUGUAAAACUGACCAUCUUGCCGAUCCUCGAAUUUGGCAAUGACAUUUACAGAAUAGCCUCCAACACCCUACUCAACAAAUUGGAUGCAGUCUAUCACAGUGCCAUCCGUUU